AUGACCGAGGGUGCCGGGUUGAUAAAAAGAGGAUAUCCCCCUCGCUGCACGGGUAGAAGAAUUUCCUCCCCCGAUGACACCACCUCCAAACAUUACAAACUCUCCACCCCCCUCACCACCCUCCUCAGAAUAAUCCUCAUCAUCCUCACCAUAGCCUCCAUCGCCGUCUGGCUCGCCGACGGGUACUUCUCCGACGGCCUCCUCGUCUUCAACCACAUCUGGCUCUGGUUCCUCCUCCUCUCCAACCUCCUCCACCUUCUCUUCCCCUCCCAUUCCCCACACAACCAUCAUCACAAAAUCCCCUGUUUACCAACAAUCCUCCUCCAAAUAGGAGACUGCAGUUGCGUAUUCAACGGCUCUGACAAUGAAAAGAAGCCAAGAUACGGCGUGGCCCGGGUGACGGAUAUCAUCCUGGGCAUCCCCCCCAUCGUCAUUGCGAGCAUUGAUCUGGCCGACCCGUCUUAUUAUUAUAGAUACUCGGCUGCAGAGGUGUUGGUUCUGAGUGAAACUGUUGGGUAUGUCCCCGUCCCCGCAAACAACUGGUGA